AUGUCCUUUUCAUCGGUCUCUCUCCUCUCUCUCUCACAUUUGUCCUCCACUGAAGUCAUCCUCCACCGCUGCCCUCCUCACACUCUCACAUACGAUGAGUCCUCACUCUCUCUUCCAUGCCCUAGCUCAAUCGCCGGUGAUUUCAGUUCCGAUUUCAAAAGCUUAACGUUUGAAAAACGAUCAAAACAACACCCAAAUCAAACCAACGUUCUUUUAGCAUUUGAGAAAGUCAUCAAAAGAAGAAAUGAAAGAGAUGCAUUGAGGACAAGCAUUUUGUCAAAGAAAUGGAGGCAUUGCUGGAAGGGAAUGCCUAAACUUGUAUUUGAUGACAAGUACUUGAAUAGCUCAUCAAGUAGCAAAGAAAUUAACAAAUAUAAGUUUGUCAAUGCCAUCUUCCAUGUUUUGAUGCUACACAAUGGUCCAGUAUCAGAAUUCAGUAUCUCUAUUAAUAUUGAUACAGAAAUUGUUGAUCAGAUUGACCAAAUAAUACUUCAUCUUUCAAAGAGCAAAAAUAUUAAGAAACUAAUCUGUAAGUUUUGGUCAAAUGACGUCAUGAAGUUAUUAUUUUUUAAGCGCUACAAGCUACCCUCGGUGUUCUUUUCAUUACACGGACUAGAACACCUACAUCUCACACAUUGCAUCAUUGAGCUUCCAUUAAAAUUUAAUGGAUUUAUUACCUUGAGGAGUCUCGAGUUAUGCAAUGUCAACAUCACUGUGAAGACGCUUCAACAAUUACUUACCAAUUGCCCAAUACUUGAGGAAUUUAUACUGAUUGGAUCUCAAAACAACACUUUUGCACUAGGAAACAAGUGUACAUUUCUUGAGCUAUCCAAGUGUUUACCUUCGGUUCAGGUUCUGAAAAUCUCAAAGUAUUAUAUCAAGUUUGCUAAAGGCAGUAUGCAGAAGCUCCCUACUUUACUAGUCCACUUGAGGAUUCUUUUUCUUGAUUUGUGUUUUCUGAAACAAGAUGAGCUUUCGAAUGCUCUCAGUGUGAUCAGCUGCUCCCCAAAUUUGGAGAAAAUAAAAAUAGAGCUGUGUUGGAUCCAUAAGCUGUGUGGUGAAGAAACUUGCAAGGACUUGCUUGAUCUUCAAGACGACUAUUUGGGAAUGAAGUUGGAUCACCUUGAAGAACUUGAGAUAAAUAGUUUCCAUAACUAUGCUCCUGAAAUGGAGUUUGUGAAACUCAUCAUGGCUAAAUCACCUAUGCUUAAGAAAGCACGAAUAGAACUCAAUUCAGAUGUUUCUGUGGAUAAAGAAAAUAAGAUUCUUCGAGAUUUGUUGCGAUUAACAUUUCCACGUGCAUCACUAGGAGUGGAUAUCAUUGUUGAACGCUAAACAAUUAUAUGUGGAUGCAAUUGGGCUUUUAGUUUUCUUUGUUAAGUUUAAGGAUUGUUGAAGCACAAUGCCUUUAUUGUCCAUUUGAACUCGUUUAAAUGUCUUUUUUG